GGCUGGAGUGAGUCAGUGAGUCAGUGUGAGAGAGUAAGAGGGAGAGUGCACGGACCCAGAGAAGGAAGAAAGGAUGAAGGAGAUGAAUAAGACGUAUGCCAUCGUGGAGGUGAUAGAUGGGGAACAGAUCCAACUGCUCCCUCUGUCCAGCAGUCACCUGGACGUGUACACGGGCCCUGGGAUGACCGGUCAAUCCAUUGCCAUGACCAGCAACUCCUGCCCUGCCAACCUGGCCAUCAAACGAGAGCUGACGGAUGCAGAAGCCCGUGCGAUGGCCAAGGAGAGACAGAAGAAAGACAACCACAACCUGAUUGAGAGAAGGAGGAGGUUCAACAUCAAUGACCGGAUUAAAGAGCUGGGCGGUAUGAUCCCCAAAACCAACGACCUGGACGUGCGCUGGAAUAAGGGCACUAUUCUGAGGGCUUCAGUUGAGUACAUCAAGCGGAUGCAGAAGGACAUGCAGAGGACCAGAGAGGUGGAGAACAACUUCAAGAGGAUGGAGAUGGCCAACAAACAACUGUGGCUGCGCAUCCAGGAGUUAGAGAUGCAGGCUCGUCUGCACGGCCUCCCCAGCUCCUCUCCCUCUGGGAUGGGUUCUGGUGACCUGAUGGGUUCCUACGUCAAACAGGAGAGCAGCCCUGAGGAGAAGCUCCAGCAGCAGCAGCAGUCUCAGGCCCAGGGCCAGCAACACCUCCACCACCCCCAGUCCCACCACCUCCAGCCUCAGCAGGGCCAGCUCAGGCAGCUGCCCCCUCUACCCCCUCACCUCCAGCCCCAGCUUCCCCUCCAGUACUCAGCCGUGGGCAGCUCCCAGCCCUUUGACUUUGCCCAGUCGCUGGACUUGUGUGACGGGGUGCCUGGGUUCCCAGAGGGCCUGUCGGGGCUCGGGGAGCUAGGCGGCCUUGGUAACCAGGGAAGGAGAGGCGAGCUGGGCUUCCUGAUGAUGGACGAGCCCCUGUCUCCUCUGGGUGGAGACCCUCUGCUCUCUGCCAUGUCCCCUGAGGCCUCGGUCGACUCCAGCCGCAGAUCCAGCUUCAGCAUAGAGGACACAGAUAUACUGUAGAUGGAGUAUACACACACACACUGUAGAACCACACACAUAGUGUGUACACACACACUGUAGAACCACACACAUAGUGUGUACACACACAUAGUGUGUACACACACACACUGUAGAACCACACACAUAGUGUGUACACACACACACUGUAGAACCACACACAGAGUGUGUACACACACACACUGUAUAACCACACACAUAGUGUAUACACACACACACUGUAGAACCACACACAUAGUGUGUACACACACACACUGUAGAACCACACACAUAGUGUGUACACACACACACACUGUAGAACCACACACAUAGUGUGUACACACACACAUAUAGUACGUAUUGUACACACACAGUAGAAAUACACCCCGAGCACUGAUAUACUGUGACAUGCUUAUGCUCUGUUCAACAACCCUGCCAGCAUACAUUUGCACUCUAAACUCCCACACACACACUCCAAGCAUGCUGUACAAACACUGAUACACACUUACACACACAAACUUGACAUUCUCAUAGAUGCACACCCUUUCUUAGCACUCGUAUCGAUACACAUUCAACAGCAAUAUGAGAAAUGAAACCACGUUUCAGAUUGAAAUAAUUGUGUCCUACCACUGUAAAUAUCAGAGCACCUCUGAAUGAUAAACAAUCUAUUACGCACACACACGCACACACGCACAGCACAGACAGAUUCUAGUUCACUCUAACACAGAAGAGACCCUGUUAUUUGAAGGGUGAGGCACUGACAAAGGUUUGAGACACAGACCUCGACCCCUUACUUUGUAAAACACACUGGCAUGACCUCAAGUCUGCAAGCUACUGCCUUCUCCUGUGUCACCUAUGACCUUUAGCCUUAAGGGUACUGCCAAGUCCACUCCAUGACCUCUGACCCCUGUGUGAACUCAGAACGUUGAGGAGAGAUGGUUUGGCCUUGAUUGUGAGGUGUUGUAGCGAUGCAAGGGGUUAUAUAGCUCCACAGGUUUCUAAGUAGUGCCACUGUGUAGCAUCAUAGGGUGCUAUGUAGCGACUCAGGAUCUCCUGUAGCCCUGACCCAAACCUGCCAACGGGCCUUGUGUUAGUCACCUGAAGCCCCACUCUCUCUGGCUGAGAUGGAGGGUGGGAGAGGGUUGUCUUUUAGUAAGUUGUACUGUAUAGUGAGGAGAGAGAGGAGCAGUCAUAGAGAUUGGCUUAGAUAACCCAGUAAUGUCAUUGUCUCCACUGUAACAAACAAACACGCACGCACACGCACACACACACACACACACACACACACACACACACACACACACACACACAGCAGUGUGCCUUGAGGCUGUGUUCAAAUCAAGACUUUGAGCGAGACUUCAGUACCUCACCCAGUCUGUGCUUGUAGAACUGUCAGCUUUGGGUCAACCAGGUUAAACUAGACACUCACCAGGUACUAACCUAACCAACUCUGUAGAAACAAAACUACGGCCGUACAAUAAAUAAAUAAACUAACAGGAAAACAAAUAGCUUUCAGAUUUGGGUGAGGGACUGAGGCCGUACAAUACAUAAAUAAACUAACAGGAAAACAAAUAGCUUUCAGAUUUGGGUGAGGGACUGAGGUCAACGCUUUGAUUUGAUAUGGCUUAUGAUCAGUACAGAGAAAAGGAAGUAAAAUGAUGAUUUUAAAGGUAUUUGUUUGUAUUCUAUUAUAGUUUGUUGUUUUAUUUGAUUUGAUCUCCCAAUGCACUGGAAGCUAUAUUAUUUAAUUGACUUUGUACAUGAAAGAAUUUUCAGUUUUAUGCCACUUAAAAUGUAUUUUAUUUGUAUUUGUCCUUUUUAUUUUAUUCCUAAAUUACCUUUUUCUCUAAUAGCCAUUUAAAAGUGAAAGUAUUCAAGCCACCUGCGUGACUGUGUACGACCAGUGGGGAGCCAUAUUCUAUACUUCUCUUUGUGGAAGAAUUAUUCAAAUUUCACCAGGCUUAGAGUUUAGAAGAUCAUGUGCAUUUACAGUAUGAUGUCAUUUUUAUAUCGAUUGGGAUUUUCUCUCUUUUUUAACCUAUAGAAAUUGGAGCCAGAGACUAAGUUUAGAGGUGAUUUUAUUUUAUGAAGUUUUAAUUGUGAUUUUUGUGAAUGUGAAGAUGGCCUGUACCGUACCAAGCCAAACCCAAGCAUCACAACAACAGGGUAUUUUCCUUCAUGGUGCCACUUUUGACCCUUUGGUUUCCAUUCAGACUACUUCCUUCUGAUGGAAGUCAGAAGUACCAUGGAGGAGAUCUGUUGCCAUAGCGUUGGCACAGCCGUGAACAAACCUGACCUUCUCUCUGUCUGCCAGAGUUCCCCUUUACCCUGCUCCAAUGUUUGGAAUCAAUUGUUUUACUUUUGUGUAUAUUGUCCAGCCAACAUUUUAAAGAGCUUGUCUGCAGAUAAUGUGGCGUGUUGUCCCCUCUGUGACUGUCCCCUCCCCCAUGUCACUGUAUUCGACUGAUUCUGGCCGACUGGUCAGGGAAACUGGC